AUGGAGCCCAAGCGACCUCGUAACGGCGAGAAAACCCCGGGGUUCAAGUGCUUUCUGCUCAGAACGAGUCUCUUGGCGGCCGUGUUCCUGUACGGCCUCGACAACGCCGUUGUCGCCAACAUCCAGCCGGUCAUCGCGACUCAUUUCCAUGUCGUAGACGGGCUUCCCUGGCUCUCGGCAGGAUUCAUGAUCGGCGGCCUGGCCGUAGUCAUGCCUCUCGGAAAUCUCUACGCCGUCUAUGAAGCUAAACGCCUGUUUCUCUUCUUCACCGUCAACUUCCUGGCCGCCCUCGCCCUCUGCGGCGCUGCCCCCAGCAUGCCUGCCGAGAUUGUCGGGCGAGCAUGGGCUGGUGCUGGAGGAAAUGGCAUGCUCCAUGGACUCUUGACCCUCGUUGUACGCACUUCGUCUGCGAGGCAACUCCCAGUCCACCUUGGCUACGCGUCCAUAGUCUGUGUGCUCGGCUUUGUCCUGGGCCCUACCGUUGGCGGCGCCUUGGAGCUGCCUUCUUGGCGUUGGGCCCUUUAUUUGAACAUCUUCCUCGGGUUGUUUGUCCUGCUCGCAGGCGUCUUCCUCAUCCCGUCCGAGCAACCGACAUCACGAGCCUUGGCCAGGAGCACAAUCCCAUCACUGGACUUGGCCGGCACCUUGUUGAGCACUGGAUCCAUUGUCCCGUUCGCUGUGGCAGCAAACUGCGCGGGUGUUCUUUUCAACUGGACAGGCUCCAUCACCAUUCUGCUCUACGCUGUAAGCGCGAUUCUUCUUGUCGGCUUUGUUCUCCAGCAAGCGUUCUGCAUCUUCACCGCAUCCUCUGCUCCGCUGUUCCCGGCCCGGCUUCUUCGCAAUACAAUGGUCUUGAUGCGCUCUCUUUUCGUUGCCGGCAGCGGCAUCUUGGUAUAUCUGGCGCUCUACUAUGUGCCCUUGUAUUUCCAGCUCGCCAGAGGCGCCUCGGCCGUUGAGACCGCGAAGCACACCUUGCCUCUGCUCCUGCCCCUGGCUUUUGCUGUGUUUGCGAGCAGAUGUCUUGUGGCAAACCCCGCGUGCUACAAGCUGUGGAUGAUCCUUGGCUCGGCGGUUGGCCUCAUUGGAGCGGUUCUUAUGAGCAUGAUCCGCGUCGAAGCUCCCAUGUCAGCAACCUACGGCUACCAGGCCAUGCUCGGGCUCGGUGCUGGCUUCUUUGCUCAGGCAGCCUUCGCCGCCGCUCAAACCGAGGUUGACUCGGACAACGGAACCUCGGACGCCAUCUUGAUGCUCCUCGGUCAAAUGAGCGGCCUCGGGCUCGGCCUGUCUGCAGCAGGAGCCAUCUUUGUCAACACCGCCAAGAGUCGUCUUGCAGAUGCCUUCCCGAACCUCGACGACAUGGCCCGAUCCUCGAUGCUGGCGGGGACUCGCAGCGAGCUCUUCUCGAGCCUCGGGGAGAGAGACCAAGCUCUGGCUUCCGUGUGCAUCGUGGCCGCGCUGCGCAAGGUCUUCAUUGAAGCAUACGUCGCCGCCACCUUGGCAUCUGUUCUGAGUUUUCUGGCCAAGCUGGACAGGAAAGCUACCGUCAAUCAGACUGAUAACAGGGAGGUCAACCCUGUGAAUGCCAGCAAGUGA